AUGUGUGCCCCAAAGCAGGAAGAGUUGGCGUCCCUCAACGACAGCCACAAUGAAGUCCAGCUCCUUACUAGGCUCAGGUUCUCGGGAUUUGCCGACCUUGAAUACUAUCAAGCUUCAGAGGUUCCGCUUGGGAAUGAGAAUAGCGGUAGGCAUGGAGAGGAUAGCGGUAGGGAUAUGGGGAAGAGUAGAGAGGGGAGCGGGAGGGAGGGAGGGAGGGGGCGAGUACGGGGAGGGGGUAGAGAGGGGGGCGUGGAGGAAAGCGGACAAAAGCAUAGGGAGGUCAAUGUGAACAAGGACAGAAACCGGGAGGAAAAUGAGAUUCUGAAGGUUAUAACAGAUUAUCUGUUGAUAAGCUUUUUGCUGAGUCUGGUCAUUAAUAUUUUGCUCUGGUAUUUCAAGUUCAAGGCUGUUAAUCUUUGA